UUGAUUUUUAACAAGUUCACAUCUUUGUUUCUAAGGUGUGUCUCUUGCAGACAGCAUAUUGAUGUGUCCUGUUUUUUUUAUCCAUUCUGUCACUCUCUGUCUCUUUAUGGGUGAAAUCUUGCAUAUUUUGAAAUCUGUUUCCUGUAGUCUUUGCUCUGUUUUGCCUAGGCACUUUUACAGCAUUUUCUGAUUUAGAGUGGACUUAAUCUUUUGGGCAAUAUUGUAGAUCAACUUUAGACCCACUCCCUUUUCCAUCCUCUCCACAGUUUUUCUGUCAGCCUUCACGUGCUCUAAAGUCUUGCUGUAAAAUGAGGCUGGGGCUGACACAGGAGAGACAUACUCGGGUUUUCUUUUUUUUUUUAAUUCAUAGUAAAUUUGAAGUUUCACUAUUCUUUGUUCUCAAGGUAUGCUGAUUUUAUUGUUUUGUGUAGAUAUAUUUUUCCUUUGUUUUUUCUUUUGUAUCAUUUUUUUGGAGAAAAUAUUAGGAGGCUGGUAGCUAAACUUCUGCCACUGUCUUACACUAUUUACGAGUUCUGUAAUUUGUUUUGAUUUCACAACUUUCAGAAAAUCCUUCAUCACGCAGAGAUGUACCUGUGAGAGUGAGGACGGGAACAUAGAUCACAGAAGUUAGAGGAGCAAGAAGUUAUGCAGAAAUCAUCUGGGAGCCUGAGGAGGAGAAUGGAUCUGGGAAUCUAGUAUGAUUGCCAGGGAACACCUUGAGGGCCACGUUGCUAAGUAACAGCUUGUUUUCUUGGACACGGUGAAUCCGUGGAAGACCCCCAAAAGAGGUUGCAGAUUCUUGGUGGACAGCUCUCAUAUCUCCUCCUGGAAACAUAAUGAAAAAUGCCUUCAGAAAAAUAGCUUCAUGAAGGCCAGAAGAAUUUUAUGCACCAGCAAGACAUGGCUGAAAGCUCCUCAGGCCAAAACACAAGCAGUCAAGAGGUUUGUCUGUCUACUUCAUCACACUCCUCUGAUUCAAGUGAUACUCACACUCGACUGGUUCUGUCAAGGAACAGAAGGGCAUUUCAUUCACGCUCGGAUUCUGGAAUAUCAUCCCUGCUUCCAUCAAACUCUUGUAAGUACCUCACUUGGCACAAGGUAGAACAACAUGAAUUUCAAGGAAGUCAACUGCAUUGCCCAAGGGUAAGAGAAGGACCCUCUGAAGAAGAGUUGCUCUCCAGAGAGGGGGCGCCUACUAUGCCUCCAAGGAAAAGAGUCCUUGAAAGAAGCAAAUGGAAAACCUGGCUACAAGAAAACUGGGAAGACUGCACUAAUUUGAACAUUUCAUUUCAGCAUUUGGGGGACCCUUAUCGAGUUGAAAAUUUUAACAGGAUUCUUCGAAGACUAAUUAGAGUUCAAACCCUCUGGCUAGUGGAUAAUUCACUGGUAGAUUUAAGUGCCAUAAGAUUGCCAAGCUGCAGAGUUUUAAAUCUAAACAAAAACCAUCUUACAUCUUUCAAACAAUUGCCAAAGAUACCUCAGAUACAGCAUUUAUCCUUGGCUGAAAACAAGAAUGAGACUCUGACUGGACUCUCCAGUUUACGAUGCACCCCAUUAGAAUCCCUUAUGCUCAAGAGGAACCCUUGCGAGUUUCACAAAAAUUAUCAGAAACGAGCGUUCUCCUGUUUGCCAAACUUACAAAUGGUGGAUGGGAUCCAGAAGCUACCAGAAGAUUGUUCACCACCAGAAACCAGUAUCUUUUCCAAAAUGUGCACUAUAUCUUAAUGUACUCUGUAUAGAAAGAAAGCAACCACCAUUGUCAUUAAAAGCUAAUAAACAGAGAACAACUAAGGUUUUCCCAAGAUGAUUCAUUGAUUAAAGAAAUCAAAGAACUAUUUUUCUGGCUCAUGCUGCCAUGAGUGAAUACUGCUUGGAAAAUAAUAUAACAAAUAUUUAAACAAGACCAAGACAUAGGCCCUUCGCUCAAGAAUCUUAUGAAUGAUUGAAGAAAACAGGCACACAGCUGGCAAAUUUCCAGAUUGAGACUGUUUCAUCACCCUGGGUUUUGCAGUGAAUAUGAAGUGGAGCAAAGCCAUAGCUAACCUAUGGAAGAUGUGUAGCUAUACAGAAAUGGACCUGAGUUGAGUUGGCACUCAAAAUGUUGAAUGAAUGGAUAAAUUGCUAUCAUAGGAAACCAUGAAUGGGGUAGCAAAAUUACCAGGUAGGAUACAACUACAACAGUUUAUGUGAAGUGUAUUGAAUGGUGUUGGAAAUAGAAGAAAGUUAUGAGGGCAUGAACUCUUAUUGUCUUAUUGUUUAAGCUAGUUUGAACUGGAUUGAUUUCCUGUUACUUGCAGGCAAAACAUUCUAACUGACAAGGAAAAUCAUGAGUUACAUAUGUGGAGUGUAAAAGGUGUUGGGUUGCUACACAUAGCUAUGAUGAAGAGGAAGGGCUAAGCUCAGAGGUACAUGGUAAGGGUCCCAAGAUGUAUAUCACAUUAUUCCUAGGAAAUCAUCCGCGUUGGUUUAGAAUCUGAUAUUCUGAUUUUAAAAGAUACAGGUUCUAUAGGGAGUGUGGAAAGAGAGAGUUGACUUAAGUUGGUGAUAUCUGCCUAUAUCAAAGAGGAGCUGAAUAACGUUAAAUCCUAAAAUUGAGUUUUUCUCCUCACUCUAGUGGGGGCAGCUGUAGCAGCCAUCAGUGAUGGGAUAUGCAGUAUGAUGUUGCUAUUAUUUCAAAAAAUAGACUUAUUUGAUGUGUGUAACACUUCCUCAUAUCUUCUAUAAUACCCAGAGAUCUGAACUAAUCUUUCCACCAUGGCCUUAGACAAUGCAGACAUAUUGUGUUGGAAAAUGUGCAGGGAUUUCUACUAGCAAUAAAGCUAUAUUUGUGGGAAUUUUGUGCAUCAGCUUCAACAAUGACUGACUUCUGACCAUAGUCAAUUAACUCAACAGAAUCAUACUGUCUUAGGCUGGGUUGUCUAGAGAAGCAAAACCAGUAAAGCAUAUAAAUAUAUAUAUAUAUAGAG